AUGUCUUCAUUAACCCCAUCGACCGAAUCAACUGCACACGAAUCAACAUUAUUCGAAGUUUCAGGAAAAGAACCCCAUUAUCCGACUGAAUCCAACAAUCUUCGUUGGCAUUUGAGGGAACUGGUAUUACUUGUGGAAUGGGGUCUUACGGAAGAAACCGCAAAUGAACUCCGUAAUAGUGUGUGUGAAGAUACCCUAUGGUCUAAACAGAUUUUAUAUCAUUGGUUAUACGAAUGGAUUCUCAAUCCAUGGGAUUCCAAUAUUCAGAUGGCCUUUGAUAACGUUUUUUAUGAUGCAAACUUUCCACGCACUCAGUGGAACAGCUACGAUAGAAUAGGUGGGUCCACAAAUGUUCGCCUCAUCAUAUGA